AGUGGGACUCGGGCAGGGAGAGAGAAGGAGAGAGGGAAAGAGAGAGAACUUCGUGCUUCCAUUACACACAGACACGGGAUAAAGGACGAGUGCGUGGACAGUUCUUAUAUACAUUUUUGUGUCUUUUCUUUUUAAAUCAACGUUUGCACGUGCGCUUACGGUUGUAGUGGAUGUAAAGGUAUUAGAAUAUAAUCGGGGGAAUGUAUCCUGAUCGGGCAACAGUGACCGACCGUCUUCCGAGAUGUCAACUCAACAUUCUCCGGGCCAUCAUGCUACUCCAGGCCGUUCUAGAGAUGACUGCGACCGGGUUUGAGGACCCCAGUGUGGUGGCCUCCUCCACUUGGAACAGCUCAGACCUGUUUCUUCAUCUGGAGGCUCCUAUGAACAACAUCACCACGUCUCUGGGCCAGACGGCAGAGCUGCUGUGUCGUGUGUCCGGUAACCCCCUUCCCACGGUGCGCUGGCUGAAGAACGACGCUCCUGUGGUCCAAGAGCCUCGCCGGAUCUCCUACCGACCCACGUCCUACGGAUCGCGCCUCCGCAUCCGUAACCUGGACACCACAGACACAGGCUACUUCCAGUGUGUUGCCAGCAACAGCUACGGCACCGUCUCCACCACCGGAGUACUCUUCGUCAAGUUUGAUCCACUCCUAACCCCUCUGCCAGGAAGACCCUCUGCGGAUGAUUUUGAUGAGGAGGGGUUCUGCCAGCCGUACAGGGGCGUAGCUUGUUCUCGCUUCAUAGGAAAUCGCAGCAUCUUCGUUGACUCGCUGCAGAUGCAGGGCGAGAUUGAGACCCAGAUCACAGCCGCCUUCACUAUGAUCGGAACGUCCAACCACCUGUCGGACCGCUGCUCCAAGUUCGCCAUCCCGUCUCUGUGCCACUUUGCCUUCCCUACAUGUGACCGCAGCUCUGGGGUAGACAAGCCCAGGGACCUGUGUAAGGAUGAAUGUGAGAUCCUGGAGAAUGACCUGUGUAAGACAGAGUACAUCAUAGCCCGUUCCAACCCCAUCAUACUGAAGAGACUGAAGCUGCCUAACUGUGAUGACCUGGCAGCACACGACAGCCCUGAGGCUGCUAUCUGUAUGAGGAUUGGAAUCCCCAUGGCUGAGCCCAUCAACAAGAACCACAAGUGUUUCAACAGCAGUGGUUCAGCCUACCGUGGGACGGUCAGUAAGACCAAGUCAGGUCGUCAGUGCCAGCCCUGGAACUCCCAGUACCCUCACAGCCACACCUACCUGGCGGUGCGCUACCCAGAGCUCAGCGGAGGCCACUCUUACUGCCGUAACCCCGGCAACAAGCAGGAGGGACCAUGGUGUUUCACUCUGGAUGAGGGAGUCCGAAUGGAGCUCUGUGACAUCCCCAUCUGUGAUUAUAAGGAGAAGCGUGGGGGCAGUAACAUGGAGAUUCUUUACAUCCUGGUCCCGAGCGUAGCCAUCCCUCUGGCUAUCGCCCUCCUCUUCUUCUUCAUCUGUGUGUGUCGUAACAACCAGAAGGCCGCCCGACCCCCAGCGCCCAGACAGCCCAAACCUGUCAGAGGACAGAAUGUAGAGAUGUCCAUGCUCACCAACUACAAACCCAAGAGUAAGGCCAAGGAGCUUCCCCUCUCUGCGGUGCGGUUCAUGGAGGAGCUAGGUGAAUGUGCGUUUGGUAAGAUCUACAAGGGCCAUCUGUACCUACCUGGUAUGGAGCAAGCCCAGCUGGUUGCCAUCAAGACCCUAAAGGACUACUCCAGCCCUGGCCAGUGGGGUGAAUUCCAACAGGAAGCGUCGGUCAUGGCUGAGCUUCACCAUCACAAUGUGGUGUGUCUGCUGGGUGUAGUGACCCAGGAGCAGCCUGUCUGCAUGCUGUUUGAGUUCCUGAACCAGGGGGACCUUCAUGAGUUCCUCAUCAUGCGCUCUCCUCACUCUGACGUGGGCUGUAGUAGCGACGAGGACGGCACUGUCAAGUCCAGCCUGGACCACGGAGACUUCCUGCACCUGGCCUUACAGGUGGCUGCUGGGAUGGAGUACCUGGCCAGUCACUUCUUCGUCCAUAAGGACCUGGCGGCCCGUAACAUCCUGGUGGGAGAACAGCUCCACGUCAAGAUCUCUGACCUGGGCCUGUCCAGAGAGAUCUAUACCUCAGACUACUACAGAGUCCAGCCCAAGGCUUUACUCCCUAUCCGCUGGAUGCCUCCAGAGUCCAUUGCCUAUGGAAAGUUCACGUCGGAGUCAGACAUCUGGGCGUUUGGCGUGGUGCUGUGGGAGAUCUUCAGCUACGGCCUGCAGCCCUACUAUGGCUUCAGUAACCAGGAGGUCAUGGAGAUGGUGAGGAAACGCCAACUGCUGCCCUGCCCAGAGGACUGCCCCCCCAGGGUCUUCGGCCUGAUGACAGAGUGCUGGCAGGAGGGCCCGACGAGAAGACCACGUUUCAAAGAUAUCCAUGGUCGUCUGAGGGCCUGGGAGGGGCUGUCAUCCCAUGCCAGUUCUAGUACCCCAUCAGGAGGCGGGGGCAACGCCACGACCCAGACCACCUCGUUGAGCGCCAGUCCGGUCAGUAACCUCAGCAACCCGCGCUAUGCCGCCGCUGCAGGCUACCUCUACCCAGCCCAGGGGAUGCCUGCGCCAGGUCAUCCAGGCCACCAGAUGGCAGGCUGGACCCCUAUGACCCAUGGAGCGCCCAUGGCCCAGAACCAACACCAACGCUUCAUCCCUGUCAACGGGUACCCCAUCCCCCCAGGCUACGCUGCCUUCCCUGCGGCCCACUUUCAGGCCCAGGGCCCCCCCAGGGUGGUGCAGCACCUCCCCCCGCCCAAGAGCAGAUCUCCCAGCAGCGCUAGCGGCUCCACCAGCACCGGUCACGUGACAAGCGUGCCCUCCACGGGGUCCAAUCAGGAUGCGAACACGCCGCUGCUGUCGCAUUGCGUGGCGAUAUCUGCCCUGCCAGGGGGCGGGACCAUGCAGGUGUAUGGACACAUGUCCCAGAAGGCUUUGCAACAGAUGGACCCCUCUCAGACGUCCGCACUGCUGGCCGACGCCAACAGACUCAUGUAUAGCGAAUCGGUCAUCACGGCAGACCUGUAAAUACAAUACAUACCUGUACUAUAUAUCACCUGGUUGAUUUUAUGUUUUUGUUUAGUUUUUUGUAAGAAAGUUAUUAUAACUAUUGUUUCAACUUUCUACUCUACUUGUAAAUACAUGUACGUAAAUCCUGAAUGAAUGAGAUGCAAAGAUUUAUAUUCAAAGAACAACAACAACAAAAAAGAUAGCAACAAUAACACACCUGUCAAUAUAAUGACUGUAUCACUCAGCGUCAUUGUGAAUAACCUCCCGUUGACGUCAAUAAAUCUUCCAAGACUCCCGUUGAAAUCAGAAUGAUUUCUGCGAAAGUGAGUUGCACAGGCUUAUCUAAACUCUGAAUCAGGCCCUUCUUGAUUUUCUGAAGCACUUCUGGUAGCUACAAUAUGUACUGCAGCGGGGUGUGUUGUUGCUUGGGCUGGAGGGGCCAUGUUCUGCAGCCAAAGCCAGGUGUGCUGUUGGUUGGACUGGAUGAGCCCUGUACUGAAGCAGCUGGAGUCCCCGGGUGUGUUGUCAGUUGGACUGUAUAUUCAGUUGAGCCUGCGUCAGCACAUCUGCCUGGCUGCCAUCCCUACAGCGCACCUCUCCUCCAGGAGUCUAAGCCCCCCUCUAGGGACAUGUGAUCUUCAAAGACUUCUGAUCUGACUUCAAAGCGGCCUGUGGUGAAGGAAUGAGGCCCUACCUAGGCAACGCUAUGCAAUAACAUAGCACUCAUACUCUCAGCCUCACUCUCCACAACUAUGUACCUCCACUAGACUCUCUCUCUUUCUCAACACAGGGUUCUAUCAACUCGUAUGUCAAUGACAUACUGUAGGUACUAGGAUUGAAUCAGAACAGUGUUUAACCAGCCAUGCUUCUCUCGCCAGUCUGUGUCCAUGUGUCUCCUCCCCUUUCUGAUCCUCUAAUGGUACUAGCAGCUAUGCAAUAUGGCUCUUACAUUGGCUAUGCAGUCUUUGAUCAAUCAUUUUAUUGUCUUUUUUUAUGAUAUAUAAAAGUGGGACUAAUAAAUGUAUGCUGAUCAUUACAACUUAUUUGUCAAAACUAUCCAUGAUGUAAAACAUGAUGUUCUACUAUAGACUGAAUGAAUGAAAAGUCUUUUGAUAAGAUACGGGGGUGAAUCAGAAAUCCUUCCACAUUUUACCACACAGCUCACAGAAGCAGCUACAAUACAGUAUAUUUCACCUCAGUUGAAUGUGUUUGUUGCUAUGCAACUGUUUAGUAAAAAGACUCACCCUUUGCCUGUACAGAAAGAGGACAAUCAUCGGUUUCCCCUUGGUAGCACUUGCCUUCCAUGUUAACUUUGGUAUAAUACACAUCUCUGUAAUGUUAAGUGCGUCCUUAUCUUUUAUGUGUCAAUUAGUCCGAUACUGUCGAGAGGUACAAACCUGCUCUUUAGAUAAAGCUUUUGGUUUGUUUAAAUUCCACUUAUCUUUUUUUUUCUAAAGCAGGUUUACCUUCCUAGGUAUCUGGAGUUUUAUACAGGUAUCUUUUGAUAAAUGUAUAUGAAUUUAAGUGUGCAUAUAUACCAGUUCAAAACCACUUAAACACAAGACUGUGAAUCUUGGGACUGGCUAUUUUGUCUUAGGCAAAAUAUCAUUCUUGUGCAGUUGUUUUAUGUUAGAUCAGUUUCUUUUUCUAGGACAGUCUUUUCAUAAAACCUUUUUAGAUUACAGUAUUACAGUGUAUUCAUAAGAAAGGUUUACAUGCAGAAUAUUCUAUUGACCAAGAGGCCUUGUCUUUGUAUUUGUCGGAAGAUUUUUGCACAGAUGUUUUGUAUGGCAAAAUCAAUAUUAAAUAAUUAAAUGUU